CUUACUUCGUCCGAUAUUUGGGUCACGGAGCCUUUUACGGCCAUCAUACAGCGAUUAUUCGGCGAUUGACGGCAAUAUGUGCAAAUAAUUGUGCUGUAACGUGGUCAUAGGUCUAUACGGCAGAAGGCAAGAGGGGAAUUGCUACGGGUAUGGCGGGGAUGGCGGGGCCGGUGGGGAGUGUGAGUGAGAAUGUUAGUGGAUAACUUAUAUUCCCGGCUGAUCUCUGUUGGGGAGCUCUUGCUUUGAUAUAAGAGCGUGUGUCCCUGUGAGGGACACUUGCCAUAGUUUAAGUCCGCAAGGUACUUUUAAUAAACACAGCACGAUGAAGUUCCGCGAUGGCAUGUGGCUUGUGGCCGAGGGGACGACGAUUGAGUACGCCGAGCAAGUGUACUCCAUCACCGAGCGCGCGGACAAGAAGGCACUCUCCCUCCUCUGCCCCACGAGGAGAAUCUCCAACCGCGGCGAUGUCCUGAACCGCAGCACCCUCACAAUCGACAUUGAAGCUGUCUCGGAUGGUAUCAUCUCAGUCGAGUCUACUCACUGGGCCGGCGCCGUUCGCAAGGGCCCUAACUUUGAGCUCUUCCCCGACAGCGCCCCAGAAGUCGAGGCCACUAUCACGACUGCCUCGGAACGCACUAUCCUCAGCGCCGGCGCCCUCACCGCCACCGUCGCUGGUGCCUCGCAGCCAUUCCGCAUCGACUUCAAGGGUGCCAAUGGCCGCGUUCUCACAGAUCUGCGCGAGCGCAGCGUAGGCCUCGCUUACAACCCACCCAUUAGUAAUAUGCAGCAGACGGGCGAUAUGCGCAACAUCCAGCACCAUGUAUUCACGCAGACGACGCUGGGAGUCGGAGAAUCCGUGCACGGGCUUGGUGAGCGCUUCGGACCAUUUAACAAGGUCGGGCAGGCGGUUCAGUUGUGGAAUGCGGACGGUGGCACCUCGAGUGACCAGGCUUACAAGAAUGUCAGCUUCUGGAUGAGCUCGAGGGGGUACGGAGUCUUUAUCGACACGCCAGAGAAGGUCGAGCUAGAGAUCGGAAGCGAGCGAUGCUGUCGCCUGCAGACGAGUGUAGAGGGGCAGCGCCUAAAGUGGUUCAUUAUUGAUGGGCCGACACCAAAGGACGUGCUAAGACGGUACGCAAAGUUGACCGGCCAGGCGAGCUCGGUGCCAGAGUGGAGUUAUGGCCUGUGGCUCAGCACGAGCUUCACGACGGACUACGAUGAGAAGACGGUUACGGCAUUCCUGGAGGGCAUGAAGAAGGCAGCCAUUCCCGUCGACGUGUUCCACUUUGACUGCUUCUGGCUCAAGGCCUUCCAAUGGUGCGACUUCGCCUUCGACAAGGAGAAGUUCCCCGACCCAGCCGGCCAGAUCAAGCGCAUGAAGGACAGCGGACUCUGCAAGAAAGUCAGUGUCUGGACGAACCCUUACCUCGGACAAGCCUCCCCCCUCUUCGCCGAAGCCGCCGCAAACGGCUACCUCCUCAAGCGCAAGAACGGCGACGUCUUCCAAUGGGACCUCUGGCAAGCCGGCAUGGCCAUUGUCGACUUCACCAACCCCGCCGCCCGAACCUGGUUCCAGGGCAUGAUCACCUCCCUCCUCGACAUCGGCAUCGACUCCAUCAAAACCGACUUCGGCGAGCGCAUCCCCGCCGAAGACGUCGUCUGGCACGACGGCUCAGACCCGGGACGCAUGCACAACUACUACUCCGUCCUCUACAACGAGACCGUCUACGCCGCCAUGACCGAGCGCUUCGGCAAGGGCGAGGCCGUCCUCUUCGCCCGCGCCGCCGCUGCCGGAUCCCAGCGCUUCCCCCUCCAGUGGGGCGGCGACUGCGAGUCCACCCCCGAAGCGAUGGCUGAGUCCCUCCGCGGCGGUCUUGGUUUCGGACUGAGCGGCUUCGCCUUCUGGAGUGUCGACAUUGGCGGCUUCGAGGGCAACCCCCCGCCCUGGCUUUACAAGCGCUGGGUCGCCUUCGGACUGCUGUGCAGCCACAGUCGACUCCACGGCUCCGACUCCGUGCGCGUGCCAUGGGCGAUCGACAACGACGACCAGAGCGACGAGGGUGCCACGGCCGUGCUGCGCACGUUCGUGCAGAUCAAGGCUAAGCUCGGCGCGUAUAUCCAGGCCGAGGCGGCGAAGAGUGUUCGUGAUGGCUUGCCACUCAGUCUGCGCGCUAUGUGCAUUGAAUUCCCCAACGACCCGACGUCAUGGAGCUUGGAUAGGCAGUUCAUGCUUGGCUCGUCGUUGAUUGUAGCGCCGGUGUUUGAGGAGGAUGGGAGUGUUGAAUUUUACCUGCCUGAGGGAAGGUGGACUUCGUUUAUUAGUGGGGAGGUUAAGGAGGGGCCGAGGUGGAUUAAGGAGGUGCAUCGCUUGGAUUCGGUGCCGUUGUAUGUUAGAGAGGGGACGGUGUUGCCGCUGAGGGCAGAGGGUGGGGAGAUCAGCCUCAAGGCGUAUGGGAUUAAGGCAGGUGAGGUUGGGAAAGUAGAGGAGAUUGUUGAGGGGGCCCUUAAGGAGAGGGAGGUUACUGUUGACGAGGCUAUGUUGGCCCUUAAGAAGACCGAGGUCAAUGUUGAUGAGGCUGCGUUGGCCCCUAAGGAGGAGGAGGUCACUGUUGAUGAGGCUACGUUAGCCCCUAAGGAGAAGGAGGUCACUGUUGACGAGGCUGUGUUGGCUUAGUUGAAUAGACUGCAAAUAGAAGAAUUAUGAC